UCCGGUGGCUGUGGAAGGCGGGUGAGCUGCAUCGAUCGCGUGACGGAGCCUGCGCCAGCCGCCGUCGUCAUGUCGGUGAUCAAGGAGCACAGCAAAGAUGCCGGCCCGCUGCAGCGGUAUUUGGCAGAGCAUAUGACGCCACUGAAUCCGCACCUCGUCAAGUUGCGCGCUGCCAGCCUGCAUGACGUAGACCACGCCAUGCUGAGCGCCUCCGACCAGAUGAACUUUCUACAGCUGCUGCUAAAGACGCUUGGCGCCAAGAAGACACUCGACGUUGGGGUGUUCACGGGAUACAGCGCUCUGGCCGCCGCUCUCGUCCUGCCACCUGACGGCAAAGUUACUGCCUGUGACGUCACAGACAAAUGGUUGAACAAAUAUGGUCGUCCAGUAUGGCAAGAGGCCGGUGUGGAGAACAAAAUCGACCUGAGGAUCGCCCCAGCCACCGAAACUCUUCAGGCGCUGAUCAACGGAGGCGAGGCUGGCACCUUCGACUACGCCUUCAUCGACGCCGACAAGACCAACUACCUCAACUACUACGAGUUAACGCUGCAACUGCUGCGCGUUGGCGGCAUCCUGGUCGCCGACAACGCCCUCAGAGGCGCCAGGGUGCUGGGGGAUGAGGACGCCAUGGACGAGAACACGCGCACCAUCCACGAGAUGAACAAACGGGCCUCCUCAGACCCACGAGUCCACGCCAGCCUGCUCAACCUUGGCGACGGCGUGUUGUUUUGCCGACGCGUCAAAUAAGGCGUGGGCAGAAACGCUGGUGACGAGAAGCGGUAGAUUUGGGAGCAGAAGGGGCAGCUGUCCGCCCACAUCUGCGGAAAGUUGGCUUUGAUUUUAUGCGAAUGUAUUAACAGACGUCAUAGUUUUAAAAGCCGUCUUCCAAAUGAGCUGUUAGCAUACGCAUUC